AUGGGUAUGUCUGUAUCCACUCCUGCUGUUGCGGUUCAGACCACCAAUGCUCCAGACCAUCAGAGGGCAUCUCCGCCUUCAGGAUGUCCAAUGCAUGAAGGAAAGAUGGGAGAUUGUCCAGUGCCCACAAACCCAUCAGAUGCCACGUGUGAGAGCAGGACACACUCUGUGCCUGCCCACCAGGAGCGGGCCUAUGAGUAUGUAGAGUGCCCUGUGAAGGCCACGGCGUCUGACAAUAAGGAGAACCUAGAUCUUGCUAAUCUGAUGCCACCACCCAAUCAGACGCCGGCCCCAGACCAGCCCUUUGCUCUGUCAACUGCCAGGGAGGAGUCUUCUAUCCCGAGAGCAGGUUCCGAGAAAAAGUGGGUGUACCCAUCAGAGCAGAUGUUUUGGAAUGCGAUGUUAAAGAAAGGGUGGAAGUGGAAAAAUGAGGAUAUUAAUCAGAAAGAUAUGUAUAACAUCAUUCGAAUUCACAACCAGAAUAACGAGCAGGCUUGGAAGGAGAUUUUGAAGUGGGAAGCCCUUCACGCCACGGAAUGUCCUUGUGGUCCAUCAUUGAUUCGGUUUGGGGGUAAAGCGAAAGAAUAUUCACCAAGGGCAAGAGUCCGUUCCUGGAUGGGGUAUGAGUUGCCAUUUGACAGGCAUGAUUGGAUCAUCAACCGCUGUGGUACAGAGGUGAGGUACGUUAUUGACUACUACGAUGGCGGUGAGGUGAACAAGGACUACCAGUUCACCAUCCUGGACGUCCGUCCCGCCCUUGAUUCCCUCUCUGCGGUGUGGGACAGGAUGAAGGUCGCCUGGUGGCGCUGGACUUCAUAA